UGGGGUAUGCAACGUCGAGGGGCGGGGAGAGGGGGCGGAGGAGCUGCUCUCUGAGUGCAAGUCCGUGGACCCUGUCAGAGAUUCUCAAGUCGGAGCAGAGGUGGCUGGCGGGCCCACCCGAUUCCUUUCCGCUGCCUGCUUUUUCGGACAGGAGUCACGGCUGCUCUGAGGGGCAUAGUCCCGGACACCAGGGUGCCACGCACGCGCUGAAGCCCCUAGUGCUCUCGAGGCUUCCAGCUAAUCAUGCCCCAGCCGCCCGCAGCUGCCUUGCCGCUUCCCGUGCUGCUGCUGCUGCUGCUACUCCUGGUGGUGCGGACGCCGUCCCCGGCUGGCGCGCGGCCAUCCCUAGGCCCCGAUUACCUGCGGCGCGGCUGGCUGCGGCUGCUGGCGGAGGGCGAGGGCUGCGCUCCCUGCCGGCCAGAAGAGUGCGCCUCGCCGCGGGGCUGCCUGGCCGGCCGGGUGCGCGACGCGUGCGGCUGCUGCUGGGAAUGCGCCAAUCUCGAGGGCCAGCUCUGCGACCUGGACCCCAGUGCCCACUUCUACGGGCGUUGCGGCGAGCAGCUUGAGUGCCAGUUGGACGCUGGUGGCGACCUGAGCCGCGGAGAGGUGCCCGAGCCGCUGUGUGCCUGCCGCUCGCAGCGCCCUCUCUGCGGUUCCGACGGCCGCACCUACGCUCAGAUCUGCCGCCUGCAGGAGGCGGCCCGCGCUCGGCCCGACGCCAACCUCACCGUGGCGCACCCCGGGCCCUGCGAAUCGGAGCCCCAGAUUGUGUCGCAUCCAUAUGACAUUUGGAACGUGACGGGGCAGGAUGUGAUCUUUGGCUGUGAAGUGUUUGCCUACCCCAUGGCUUCCAUCGAGUGGAGAAAGGACGGCUUGGACAUUCAACUGCCAGGGGAUGACCCCCACAUCUCUGUGCAGUUUAGGGGUGGACCCCAGAGGUUUGAGGUGACGGGCUGGCUGCAGAUCCAGGCUGUGCGUCCUAGCGAUGAGGGCAUCUACCGCUGCCUGGCCCGCAAUGCCCUCGGCCAGGUUGAGGCCCCAGCUAGCCUGACAGUGCUCACACUGGACCAGCUGAACUCCACAGGCAUCCCCCAGCUGUCAUUCCUGCGCCUGUUUCCUGAGAAGGAGGCUGAGAGCGAAGAGGCCGAGGAUUACUACUAGGUCCAGAGCCGUGGCCCGUGGGGGUGGGCAGAAUGGGAAACCAGAUCUAUGUGGGUAGGACCCAGUAUGAAAGCAUAAACUGGAUGGAGGAGGGGAGAAGUUUGGUCACAUGUAUGGGCCACACCCUGGGAUUUCCCUACGAAGCCGCCCAUUUCCCAGCCGAACCCAGACAAAAUCAUGGUAAGCUUGUUUUCUCGUCUGCCCCAACUGUGACUUGUCUUCUCUGGCUGGAGGUGCCUCACAGAGCCGUACUCUUUUGCUCCCGAAAUCUCUCUCCACACUCCCCUUACCUCGCCCAGGGACACUGGUGAGGCGUACUGUUUAUUGACUGACUAAAGGAGAAAAUGAAAGCUUAAGUUGGCGAGGCCAAGACCCCCGUGUGUGGGUGUCGAAGGCCUCCUACGCGCCUGGGUUCCACCCGAAGCCUGGCGCCACACAACGGGAGAGGUCGCAGUUGACUCGGUGUCUGAGCUUGUCCUCUGGGGCCCAAUACAGGGAGCCCGGCCUCUUGGGAGGGGCGUGGCCCGGACCCCAACCCAAGGGCUUGGCUGCCCCUCCCGCAGAACCUCAGGACUCGUCCAGAGGCUAAGCCAGAGGACAGCUCUUGUUGCUGAGUCCUGGCUGGAGUCCGGCGUUUCCAGGAGCAGCACUCAACAGCUCGAGCGGGUUGGAUACUUGGGGCGAAUUCUAAGUUGACCGCGAAAGUAGGGAUAGGGAUGUGAGCAGUAUGGUGGGGGCAGGAGGGUCAGGCCGUUCAGCGUCCGGCCCAGAAGGAGGUCUGCUCCGCGCUGAAAGAGGGGACUGGGGUCUGGGUCCCCCAGCAGCCAGGGAAUCCGCCACUGACUUGUUCUUCGCCGGCGACUCCCGGCCAGCUGGGCUCGAAGGCGCCCCCUGGUGGGCCCAUCGAUCCUACCGCGCCCACUUGCAGAGCAGAGGCUCCGCACGAUCCUAGAGGGUCACACGCAUCCCCCAGAACCCGUACUCCUCCAUCACUUUUGCAGAUAUUACGGGAUGUUCAGGUGCAGCCUCCUUAUAGCCUCAGUUUCCCCCUCCGCGGUGCUACAGGUUCAGGCCCCACAGCCUUGAAUAGGAGGAACCCCUGCUGCGCAUACCCCCCCCCACCUGCUCCAGCGGACCGGCUUUAAUAACGUAGCUGGAAAGUGACACGCGAUUUAUUAUUAAAGAAUUGCUGGGACGGGAAAGGUUUAAUA